AUGCCGCAAAAGCCGGAAGAAACCCCAUACGAAGACAUAGUUCAGUUAUUGUCUAACUACCAUGGUAAAACUGCUGUUGUAUGGGUCGAAAGGCAGAAGUUUUAUAGUGCAUCCAAAUCAGGAAAUGAGACGGCACUAGAAUGGAGUGUACGACUUAAAGGUUUAGCUCGCUAUUGCAAUUUUGGUCAGCAGCUUGAGUCCAAUCUAACGGACAUUUUUGUUACGCAGUUCAAUCCUGGGAAGCUGAGAACUGAAUUAUUCAGCCUAAACGAGAACACCACCUUAAAUAACGCUGUUGAAAAGGCCAAAAUUAUCGAAGCAACGCUAGUAAUAAGAGACCCAGUUGGUGAAGUUAAAAGCGAGGUCUUAGAAUCCGAUGUUUUUCGAAUUACACAAAAUAAUUCAAAUGUUGGUGCCACUCCCGAUCAACAUCAAGAUCCUCAACGGUAUCAUAGAGGGACAGCAGUACCUGCAGCGCAGCGGAGCCAAGGAGGCACGCGCAGGAGUGGGGGCAACAGCUCAAACAUGGCGCUGCCGCAGCUACAGCCGUUCACAUCGUCUGGUCGCUCUCCGGGCUGUUUCCGCUGCGGGAGGAACCACAACAUGCCCCUAUAA